AUGAAGUCCACACUCGCCAUCUGCCUUCUUGCGGCCUUGCCUUAUAUCCAGGCGGCACCGACGUUCCCCCGCGCUCCCGUCGUCUCUAAACGACAAGGGACGGAUCCGAAUCCCCCUCUGCACGGAUCGAAGGACCUGCUCGGCUACUCGCCCAACAACAAGCUGACGGAGCAGACCACGGAGGAUAUCGUUUAUACACUGGCCGUUGGUCAGAAGGAAGAUGCCGACCUGGGAGUAUACCUGGACUUCACGAACGUUGAGAACCCACAGCCCAUCCGCGGAUCCAAGGGAGGCACUGAUCCCGGUCCCCGAACCACUGAAUUCGAUCGCCUGAACAGCGACAAGCUAGCUCCUCCCGGAACAGACCAUGGCCAGACAAUCAACGCGAACUGGCCUAUGUCUCUUAGCAAAGCCAAGCUCGGUCUCGACGGUGCGGGAUGGUCUCGUCAGGAGAACGUCGUAGUGAUGCCAGGUGCAACCAAAAUGGCAGGUGUCGACAUGCGUCUCGAAGCCCACGGAUAUCGCGAGCUGCAUUGGCAUGAAGCCGGCGAGUGGAGCCUUGUGCUGAACGGGUCGUGCAGGAUUCAGGCCGUGAAUGAAGACGGCGAGACCUUUAUCGACGAUGUGACCGAGGGCGAUGUCUGGUUCUUCCCUCCGGGCGUCCCACACUCGAUCCAAGCCCUCGACGUCGGCGUCGAGUUCCUCCUCGUCUUCGACGACGGCUCCUUCUCCGAAGACAACACCUUCCUUGCCUCCGAGAUCUUCGCCCACAACCCUAAAUCCGUCCUAAGCAAGAACUUCGACCUCCCCAUCUCGGCGUUCGACAACAUCCCCGACGGCGAACUCUUCAUCUUCCCCGGCACCCCCGCCCCCACCGACAUCGCCGCCCAGAACAAGUCCACUGCCGAAGGUCCCAUCGAGCGCGACCUCACCUACAGCUACCACUUUUCCGAGCAACCCGCGCACAUCGUGCCAGGUGGAAGCGUGAAGAUCGUCGACCCGCAGAACUUCCCCGCCGCUAGCAACUUCGCCGCCGCGAUCGUGACCGUCAAGCCCGGCGCCAUGCGCGAGAUCCACUGGCAUCCAACCUCCGACGAGUGGAGUUUCUUCAUCCGCGGUCAGGGACGCGCAACCCUCAUCGAAGCGCCGAGUACCGCGACGACAUUUGACUUCCACCCUGGUGAUGUCGGGUACUUCCCCAUGAGCCACUCGCACUAUAUUGAGAACACGGGCGACGAGGAUCUUGUUCUGCUGGAGGUGUUGCAGGCGGAUCAUUUCAGCGAUAUCUCGCUUGGCCAGUGGCUCGGCUCAACCGAUAAGCAGAUCGUCGGCGACACGCUGAAACUGCCUGAGAGCGCGCUGAACCACCUCAACUCCGAGAAGCAGUUUGUCGUUGCGGCGCCGACGAACCUCAACGAUACGCAGGCUUGA